ACUUGCAUUUCUUUUCCUGCAAAACUUCUGCGAAAAGCUUUACUGUGCGUUUCCUGCAGUAUCAACUGGGGAUCUCUACAUCAAGUCUUUCGAAACCAAAAUCAGAGUUUGAGAAAAUGUCGUCAGAAAGAACACAAAGUAUAGUAGGGAGUGAGGUGAUGCCUCUGGACUAUGGGAGGAUGGACUCAGAGAGUAGUCCUUCUCCUUCUAGUUCGGAGAAUACGGUGGAGGGGGUGAGAGGGGAUGAGGUGAUAGAGGUAGGGGAGGAAGAGGUAGUAGAGGUUGGGGGUAAUGACGUGGUAAGGGUUGGAGGAGGUAGCAUACCCAUAACCGUAGUAGAAGUAAAGGGUAGAGGCGAGAGGGAGUAUGAUGUGAACGCCGAGAUAGUGGAAGAGGUGCAGCAGUAUAGGUCUGAACUAAGGACCAGGGAUAGCUUGGGUCACUUAGUGGAAAAUUACGAGAUCUCUUCUCGAGUGCUGGUUAGGCCAGCUGGGGUAGAGGAGAGAGCGUGUUCUGCUCCUCGGGACCAUUGGAUGCCCAUAUAUUCCCACUAUCUGUUAGCGGGAUUGAGGUUUCCAAUUCCUGAGUUGCUGGUAGGAUUAUUAUUAGAUUAUAAGAUAGGGUUGACACAAUUAGUCCCCAAUGCUAUGAGGGGGGGUAGUAUGAGGGAUGAGGGGUGGUAUUAUUUUACCCCAAGGGUAGCCAAUAGGGAGAGUAGGUUUAGCUUGAAUGAGGAUGAGGAAGAAGAAGUGAGGAGGUUGGUGAGGAAGAGGGGGGAUUUACUGAACAUAAUGGACCUCACCAGCGCACAAUGCAUAGAAGCUGCUAAACUCUAUGGGCCAAGCGCUUUGAGUGAAGCUAAAAUGUACCAGUUUCUAAACACUGCUGGAGGAGCGGCCAUCCCCAAGAAGCUAAGGAAGAAGUCAAAGACUUCAACCAAGCAAGUGGAUGAGGGGAGGGCAAGGAAGGAGGUAGUGCCCAUGACCUCAACUGAGGUGGAGGAGGAGGUGCCACAGUUGAAGAGGAAGGGGUGGGAGGAGAGGAGGGCACUACAGAAGAAGCAGAGGGUGGUGGAGGAAGAGACGGGGAAUGAGGUCCCUGUGUUCGUACCUCGACCUUCUCCUGUGGUUCAUCAACAACACCUUCCCCGAAGUGGACCAAUGCAACGCGCGGUAGGAAGCUCUGAGGUAUGGUGGAGCAUCCGUGGUGAAGCACGUUCUAGAGAGCGCGAGCUGGGUGAAUGGUCUAGCCCAGGAAUUCAGGGAGAGCCUGAAGGAUCGUUCACUCUUGCAGAGGCAGCGAGACCAGCUGUAGAAGGAGAAGGAGGAUUGGAGCAGGAGAGGGCUUCCCUGAGCACCAAGCUCGUCUUUGAGGAGAGCAAACGAAGGAUCUCCGAAAGUGAACGUGAGGCUCAGGCGCAAGAACUAAAGCUGACGAAGGAGGCUUUCUUGGAGCUGAAGGCUAAUGUGCAGACCUUGGUGCAUAAUGGAAUGAAGGAGCACAUCAACAACCUCAUCAGUUCUAGCUCGUUUGACAGCAUCGUCAACUUGUACCGGCUGCCCAUUGCCAUCAUUGCUUUCACGGACUGCAGAAAGAAGGUGAAGGCUGAAUAUCCCGAAGUGGAUGUAACAAAGAUCACCUUCGGCGAGCAAGAAGGAGGAGUGGAGGAGGAUGGCGAGAGCAUGUCAGCAGACUUCCGUCCUCAAAUUAAGCUGAGGUGGGAGGAUGAUGCAGACGGUCUUGCUGUUUUUCCUCCACAAUUCGACUUCGAGUUCGUUGCAGUGGAGGAAGAAAGGGCAGAGGUAGAGGAGGACGAGAUGGAGGCAGGAGUGGAGGGAACUGAAGUGGAUGAGAGCCAACUAGUUCUAGAAGUGGAGAUUUAUCCAGUUCCUUCUGACGAUGAGCAGCCUCCUCUGCCAGACGAGCAGCAGCCAACACAGCCACCUCCUCCUACUGAGUAGGAGCCAGUGGAGCCACCUCUCCCAGCAGAGAAAUAAUUAUGUUUGUUUGUUUUUAAUUUUUUGUAAAGGCAUUUAAACAGUUUGUAAUACUUAUAUUAUUCUUAAUGAAAGUUCAUUUUUGAA